AUGGCUCCUGGUAACAACGAGCGACAUCCAAGUCAUACGGGAACUAUACCCAAGACAAAAGUGCGAAAUAAUUGUAAUGUUCCACAAGAAGCUGUAACACCAACAAGGAGAGACAUGACGACCAAUCUCGUAACGACAUCUCUUGAUUGGGUGCCCGUCUCAGAAUACAACAGUCGUUCUAACUACAGUCAGUCGAGGAAACCAACAAAUAAUACAUCGGAUCAUGAACUAACUGAUUUGGACAAUUCAGUAUCAUUUGAGAGUGGAUUUGGAAGGUUUGUGCCAGUUAGACCUCAGCCGCGCGCGUUACCGCUGAACGUGCAGAACCGCGAGAAUAUAUCCACUGAACAACAUGACGAUGGUGCUGGAUCAUCCUUGUCUGGCCACACUUUGCAUCCCUAUGUGCAUCAGAUGCAGAAUGGUCUAAUUCCUCACUCCAAUCAUGCAUCAGCAGCUGUAAUGAUAGUUAAUCCAACUACACCAAAUGCUGUAACUGGGAAUGUUUCACAACCAUUUAAUGCACCGAAUCAAAACAGAAAUAAUUUAACUAGGAACUUGAAUCCUUCUAGAAAUAAUUUCGAAGGGAGCCACGCAAGCAACAAUAACACAACACCACCAAUAUCCAACUCUAGAACUGGAACAAAGACUGUCAACUUAAUCAACAAUAUGUAUGAACAGGGACAAGGCGGUUUCAACAAUCUUAAUGAGAAUAAUCAUGUGCACCGGGAAUCUGCCCGAGCUUUGGGAGAGGCAAUAGCAGCAGCAUGUCCUGAUGCAGCGGCUGUUGAGCGCAGACUUGGACAAAUACGAGAAUACAUCAGGGUUACUUCGUCUCUCGUCGAUACUAUGCGUAAUUCUGAAGAAGAGGAUGCUGUAACGCGACCAGUGUCUGCCCAAAGCAACGGCUCCACGUACAGUGACAAUGAGCUGUGGCAAAAUGAGAUUAAAAAUAAAAUGGAAAUGUCGCAAAUGCGUUUGGCAGCUUUAAAACAACAACAACGGAGGCUCUUAAAAUAUCAGGAAGAAGCAAAGCAUCAAUUGGAAGAGAUGAAUAGGGAUAGGGAAAGGGAAAGACAAGCUCAGGAGGUGCAACCUUCUACUUCACAUGACAACUUUGGUGGAGCACAAAACCAAUCACUAGGUGGUAAUUACCAUCACGCAAAUCGUAUGUACGCUGCCAACCAGCAGAUAGGUGUUGCGACCACGUUACCGCAUUCGUCAGAAGCUCUGCACUUACAGCAAAACAUGGCUGCCAGUGUUGACACUGACCAUGGACACUCAGUACAUUCUGCACAUAGCCAAGAUGAUAGGUUCUCGCAUCGGGAUACGAAUGUUACUGGAAGUGAGGAGGCAGCAGGCGUUGGGCGUGACAGUGAGGCAGAUGAUGACGAAGUUCUUCUGAAUGAACGCAGUCGUAUUUUACAACUCAAACUUAGAGAAUUACAGAUGAAGAAGCAACAUAUGGAAAGUUUGGUGCAGGAAUUCCAAAAACUCCAAAUGGCAACUCAUCUAGGAUCCGGCCGUAACAACUACUCUAGCUCAGGCGAAGACAGUGGUGAUGAAGAAUUACCACGAAAAUGCAAUAAACCCACAACCAACAAUAAAAAUGAUGAUCCUUUCAAAUUAUUGGAAAUAAAAGCAAUUAAGACAGCUCUUCAAAAGACAAAAGAUUUGAUGAGAACAGUAGAAAAUUAUGAAUCAGAACACCUUUCUACGGCUCACGAUGAUUCUUUCAGAGAAUUAUCGACUCACUCGAAUAUUCAUGACAAUAAAUCUGAAGGAGGAGGGAGUAUGGGCGGCUGGUCUAACGAAGGCAGCAUGUGUCGCGUGCGCAACUCGUUGCCGCAGCGACACAAGUUCACCAACGAACAACACUCGCAGCAACACUCGCAGCAACACUCGCAGCAACACUCGCAACAACACUCGCAACAGUUGCACGCGCAACAACAACAUGCGCAACCACAACAUCAUGCGCAACCACACCACGCGCAACAACAUCACACGCAACAAAGUCACGAAGACAACAUAGCGACGUUGCAGGAGUUAGCUCAAGAGCUUCGUAUGGAAACGGAGAAGAUUAUGGGUGAGCGCGCUCGCAUCAAGGACAUGAUAUCUAAUAAGGAAGUGAGCCGUAAGCAAAAGAAAGUGAAUGAAGAAGUGCGCGCUGGUCCGAGUGGACAGAGCGUGCCAAGCAGUGCGCCCGGGCCCGCCGAGCGACGACAGAUGCAACUACGGGCAUUACUCGCUGACAAGCAACGCGAACUGGAAGCUCUACUCAACAAAGAGAAAGUACUAUGUUCGGCUCCUGAGCCCCAAAAUAUAAAGCAAGAAUCACGCAGCGCGUCUGUUGUCAACCAAUCAUAUAACAGUGAACAAGAUCGAAUCAGCGAGCCUGAAUCAAGAUCUGAGCAAAUACUGCUGGAUUCGCAGGACUCUAGAGAAACAGAGAACUUUAGGGGCGGUGGUGACAGCGCCAUGGGUGGCAGAUCUGCCGCAGCUUUGCCUCCUCAUAUGGGCAGUGCUUACGGAAGCGACACAGAUAGUGCAUCUAGGAAUAAAUCUAAUCAGAGAAACCGGGUCCGCCGACGACAACCCCUAGAGAGGCAGACAGAUGAUAGUAGUCUGACUCAGUCCAACAAUACAAAUCAGAAUAUACGUCACGAACCUAGAGCGGAAUCGUCGAAUGUCAAUAUGGUGCCGCCAAUUUCUCAAAACGCUGGAGAAAACCCUGGACACAUGCCCUAUCCUCACGUACCACCGCCCGGCUGGAAUACAAGCAAUAAAUCCAACCAGGAUAUGAGGAACCAGUUCACACAGAACAGUCACUCUCAGACUAUGGAGCGUUUGAUGGGAACUCCACAACUGUCCUUCCCGCCGUCCAUGCCAUUCAACAUGAUGAUGCCAUACAGUAUGGUGGGAGGGUGUAGCUGUGGAUGCGGGUUCUGGGGCGCGUGGUGCUGGCAGCAACUCGUCAUGCAGCAGCGGGAACUGCACCAGCUCCGGGAACAACUUAACCAUAUGGAAGAACGCUGGCGCGCGGAAACUGCGUCGCACACGCUUAAUAAUCAAGUUCCUCCGGGAAACAGAGCUAAUAAUUAUUGGGAUAACUUCCGCAGUUAUUCGCGUCAAAAUCUUCUGUCGGCCAAUAACAAAGCAAAUGCUGAUGGACACUUAGGAGUUGGGCCCGCUCAUAACCCGCACCCUUUGGUCGAAAGAUCUCAUAAUACACUCCACCGUACCCCCUCAGCCACGCCUCCUUGUAUUACUCCUAAGAGAAAUACUAACGCUGCCAGUUCAUCUCACAAUGCCGCGCAAUCAUCUCAGGCAAAUAACGAUGACAUACCAAACAGACAUACGCGACGGAACGUUGCCUACGAAAGAUCCCUUUCCUUCUCAUCUGCUCCAGACGUAUUGAACGUAAACCAGAAUCCCGACGCCGAAACGCCCACAGCUUGCCUUUCAAGAAAUAUUGAAGAAAACAAUGUCUCUAGCUCAUGUAAUAUCAAUAUUAAUCGCCAAGAAGCUCCAUCGAAUUCUUUUAGAAAUUUGAAUAUAACCAAUCCUAUUCCAGAAAUUAUACAGGCCCAUGCAAAUAACUUAAACACGUCUGCUAACAGCAAAAAGAAAUCAUCUUCUAAAUUACCUGCUAAGAAUUCAACUAAUCGAAGAAAUUAUACUUUGGAUUAUUCACAAAUGAGUAACAUUAACAUUGCAAGCACUUCUGAGAUGCCUAAUCCUAAUUUAGCGUCAACAAGUCGCGAAGUGCAAGAUAAGGCUACCUCGAAGUUGUUUGAUCUUCUCAGAGAAAAUGUUUAUUCUGAAGUGACAGCUUUGAUUGAUGUGAAUGAAUCUCACCCAGAUUUUUUGAUACAGCUGUUUAGAGAGCUACAGCUGAUAAGUUCUGACACUUUGCGACAGAAAGUACUACAGUCUAUACGUGGUGUACUGUCUCAGUAUAGUUCCAUUAUUGAAAGUCAAAGCAAUGAAAGCGCCCAUGACGAGAAUAGACAGGAAUCGGUUUCAACAACAUCGGGUGAAGCUACCGCGUACAAUGACUGCAAUGCGUUACCUAUGCAAAAUGUGGCUGGAAAUUCUCUGCAACUUGACAAUAAAAUAGUGCGCUUUUUACUGUUGAAAAGCGAUGAGACAUGCACUUCGGAAUUUUUAGAGACAUUAGUAUCUCUUAUAUUGAGCAACACUGCUGAUGGUAGAUAUACUCAACAGGCCAAGAGGCGGCUGCUUGAGUUACUUUCUAAAUACGAGGGUAUGCGAGUUUGUGAUGUUUCUGGCGACAUUAUUGAAAAUUUACCAGUUUUCAUACCCUCGAGUAAUGAAAGUGAGCCAACACAACUGACAAAUGAACUGUCUGAAUCUGCAAUUCUGCAAGAUGUCGCUGGCUCCUUAAAUUUAUUCAGUUCAAGCGACAGCCAGUUGCAUCAGCUAAAUGCUUGUCCUUACGACCUGUGGCCUGGGCAUGUUCACAUGGAUAUUGAGAAUUCGGACAUGAACGAUAAUAGCCCACGUUCUAGUCAAGAAGGAAAAGUUGAUCUCAUAAAUUGUUCAGAAAUGCAUAAUGGAGAUUUGGCGGAAGCCGACCAAACUCGAUGUGACGAAUUAGAAGAUGGCGCAGUUAACGGACACGAUGAAGCAGGAGCUAACGCAGAGGCCCUACCUGACGUGGUCGACACGGAAGAAGUCACACCGACAGAGGCGGAAGCUGAGUGGCUUGGACUUGACCGUGUGCCAACAAGGCUGCACAUGGAAGAAUCAUCUGAAAAACAAAAAGGUGAAGUUAUUACACUAGUAAAAAUGGAGCAAAAACCCAAACUAAGCCAUUUUGACUUUUAA